GGCGAUGGGCCGCCGUCCGACCGUUCUUCAGUCGGGCUCACCUGCGCAUACUCUCUCGCAUCUUACUCGUCGGCGCAAUGUGGGCUCUCAGUUUUGUGAUCUUUCCAAAGCGCAGACAUGAUUGGACGCCCACGACCAAAGAGGACCUCGUGAUUGAAGAGGAGGAUGAGUCGUAUACACCGCGGUACCAUGUAUUCACCCCCAAAUCGUACGACCGGAAUGAGUUAGGACUUGACCCGCGGAGGAUGGGCGGUUACGAGGCCCUUCCGCUCGAAUGCCUUGAGGAAUGGAUAGGCAAGGGUGUAUGGGGCGGCGCCUGCUCGAGCGUGCGGCUAGCCGAACCACGGAUCGACUUUGUGUGGACGUGGGUGAACGGCUCAGAUCCUGCGCACCGUGCAGCUCGUGUCCGUCACGUCCCCUGGCUUGACAAGAAGCGUUUUCGCGAGAACGACGAGCUUCGAUAUUCCCUUCGCUCGGUCCUGAAGAAUACCGAGAACUGGAAGGAAGCACAACGGCACCUCAUCUCUAACAGCUAUGCCGAGGGUCUCCCUUCGGGCUUGGAGGUGCCUCCCGGACAGCGGAUGGGCCAAAUUCCUCAAUGGUUACGGACCAACGAGAGCACGCCUGAUUUGUUGUUGCAUCACGAUGCCGACAUCUUCCGUCCUUCGCUCAGAGCGGCGGCCAGUCAAGCUGCGUUUGAGCAAUGGCAAGCGUCCGUCCUGCCCACCUUCAACAGCAUGGCCGUCGAAAGCCAGCUCGCAAACCUAUCACCAUCAGAGGUCUCCGACAACACCGUCUUCCUCAUGGACGACAUCUUCCUCUUGCACCCGCUCACGCCCUCUUCCUUCCACACCCCGCUCUACGGCCCCGUCCUCCGGCUCCACCCCGAGCUGCUCAUCCGUCCCGGCAUCGGCCGCGAACCGGGCGAAAUGACGAGCAUGCGCGUCGCCGGCCUCGCGCUCUCCGCCCGCUUCGGCAUCCGCGACCCCUCCCGCCCCAACGCCAAAGACCUCGGGCGCGAGGUGAGAGGCCGGCCGUACAUCGCGCACGACGUGCGUAGCGUCCCGCUCCCGCUGCUGCACGAGGCCAAGCUCGCGUUCCCGGAGGUGUGGCAGCUGACGGCGCACGCGCGCACCAGGGGCGCGGACCCGCAUCGGCCGGAAAGCCACACGCUCUGGCUCGCCAUCCACUUCGUCGUCGAGCGCCAUCGCGAGGCCAUGCUGUGGAGCUGGGUGAUCGCGAAAUGGGGCGGCGGGGGCGAUAGCGUGUUGACGGCGGCGCAGAAGGCGGAGAUGUGGGCCGAGCUUGGGGGAGGUAGCGGAACGUCCUCGCACGCGAGCCACACGGUGGACGUCCCCAUUCCGGUGCGGCGCUCCCGAGCGGAUGUGGGCGACAACCUGCGCCAGAGCGGGCUCCCGCCGCUGCUCCGUACGAACUACUCCUGGGUGUCCGCCGACGGUUAUCCGUACCACUAUCUCAGGCUGCUCAAGAAGGACCCGCGAAUCAGGACCGUCGGCGGGUUCGUCGAUCUUGUCGGAGAUCACCCGACGAAGUGGCCGGCGUGCACCCUUGACCGAAAGCAGAGCCUGGGCGAAGGGGACGAGCCCGCGGUAGCGGUAUUCGAGCGCCUGCUCCUCACGCCGGGCGGCGAUUGCGUGAUAUCGGCGCUCAUGGGGCGCUCCGGCACGUCUGGCGUGUCCGCGUUCUUGCCCCCUCCGCUUCCGCUUUCGAGUGAGGGAGCCCCGGAGUCAGACGGCGAACGGACGCGAGAGGCAGAGCGCGUCGCGCUGCCGCUCGCGCUCUCGGAAUUUCGAACGUUCGCGCUGCCGGCGGACCCGCGCGCGUUCGUUCUGCGGUUACUGCAGCGCUACUCGUACGCGGUGAGCGACACGCCGACGGAGUUUCUCAAGGUACUGAACGCGGCGUAUGCGCGGAACAACCUGCGCGCGCUGGACGAGGGCGAGAAGGGCGACCCGGUGUUCUUGUGCAUCAACGACGACAUCAUGCCUUCGGACCGAGAGCACCUGGCGGAGGCUCGAGAGGCCUUGACGGACUGGUGGGAGACGCGAUGGCCGGAGAAGAUGGACCUGGAGCUGUAAGAGUAGGUAGGGCUAGUAAGGACCUAGUAGCGACCCACGCCCAAUCGAUUUCCAUAAUUUCUCAAGAUGCC